AUGACUAGCCCCACGGCUAGCCCUUGUUACUCUUCUGAUGAUGAUUGGUCCAGAAGAGGCACGCCUGAUCGCGUGUUUAAGGAGCCUGAGUACCCGAUUGCCGUCGUAGACCAGAAAUAUUGUUCCAACUGCGCCAUUCAGUUAAUGUUUGAGAAGGACAAUAAAGUGGAAGACAAAUUUAAAAUCAGUGAUGAUGAUGGAAAUAUUGUAUUUAAAGCUAGGAAGAAGAAGAGUGGAUAUCGUGUUAUGGUUGAUGAAUCAGACCAACCUGUGGUCUCUUUCACAUCAAAACGCCUCAGUAUGCAUAGAAGACGCCAAGCUUACAAGGGAGAUCACCAUGAGCACCACAAAAUUUUCACUGUAAAGAAGACCAGAGGCCGCAAGUCAUUGCGAUACGAUGUUUACAUGGCAUCUAAUAUGACUGAAAGCACAUUCAAUUACAGAGUUUAUGACAACUUUAAGGAUGGAACAUCCAUUAUAUUUGCUCAAGACAAAGUUACAGUUCUUGCCCAGUUGCAUACUCAAGUUACAAAACAAAAAGAUGUGAAAAAAGAAGAGAAGUUUUCGGUGUCUGUGUCUCCAAAUGUCGAUAAAGCUUUUGUUUCGGCACUUCUCAUCAUCCGCGAAGAGGUUAGGAAGUCAAGAUACAAAGGCUAUGAAAGCUAA